CUCGUACCAUCCCAAAUCUUGCAUUCCAAGCAAAGCGGAUGUUCGCGGAGCUGUUGUUGGUCUCGGUUGAAUGGAAAAUGUACGGGCCACCGCCGCCAGCAGUCACCAACGCUGGUCCAUCCGGGAUCGACGUCGCAUGCUUCGACCGAAGAAUUGCUCUGCGAGAAGAGGCGGCCGGCGCAAAGCAGCAGCUUUCUUUUCAGCUGUUUUCACCCAUAACUCGGAAGAAUGUCGAUCAAAUGGGUUCCUCGUUAUCGAUGGGAGUGGAAGGUAGCGCAUGCUGAACGCGCAGACCGCAAGCAGCCAUCCGUUUGGCAAUGAAAACGACGAUCUCUGCAAUGCUCUCUGUGUCGCUGUCGCUGAUGCAGUGUGCUGAUGUGUCGCCACCUCCCUGCCACCUGCGACACCUCCCCCCUUCCCAAUGCCACAAACAUCAUGCCCCAUCAUCAUGACGAAGGUGAUGGUGAUGUGUGCGUUGCAGCAGCGUGCAUCUUGCUGUGGCUGCAUGCGCGAAUGCAACACCGCGACGGAGGAGGAAAAUACCCAAAAAUUCAGCAAACUCGCCUCGCCACGACGACAACGAAACCGUUGACGGAUGGCAUUCCGGCCGGAUUAUUGAGGUCUCCGUGUGUUCGCAGUGUGCUUCGUGGCAAAAAUUAAAAUUCAUUUUCACUCGCACCGACCCAAGGCAUUCGAACGCGAUAGUCUCAUCUUUCUUCCUGUAUGAUCCAUUUACUAAAAUAAUCAUACGACUGUAUGAUUAUGGAAAGCGAUUGCACCGAGCGUAAUCGUAGCAUGUGUCAUGGAAUUCCUCUAAACCCACCCCAGCAUCACCCCCAGCAUCAUCAGCGGGCGACCCAGCUCAGUCAUACAGAAAGAGAAAGAGCCAAAUCCGAGACGACGGCGGAGUGAACGGAAAGUUUUUGUAAAAAGCGAAAGGGGCCACCACCACACGGUACUAGCAGACUAGCGAGAGUGGGUGAUCGCGAUCGCACGGCAAGGUGGAUCGAUUGGGUGGGAGGAACCACCGAGCCGAGUAGCCGAGAGAGUAACUCAACCGUGGUGCUGUGCCACCGCGUGUUGUGACGGGUGCUAAUGCUGCUGGUGGUGGUACAUCGGAAUGGGUAUCGUCGUUAUUCAACCGACAACCCGAAAAGCGGAAAACCGUUUCGCCGGACAAAGCGCGAACAUCAAAAUAUACGGGCCUGUCUUAGUAGGCCUCGGUGGUCGCUGGGAGCUUUCCCCCAACAAUUCCGCGACCAUCUGGACUAAAUAGGCUUUUAGAUUAGUGUGCGCACUGCUACUAGGUUGUGGAGAUCGUGCCCUGCUUCGAGUGUUCUCAGGUUGCUGCGAUCGGUCCCUUCGCGUCUGUUCUAACAAGUGUCCCUUUUCAGGAAGGCGAAAGUGGCUGAUUUUUAUUUCGUUUUAACAUAUCGCUGCACUUUAUAAGUGUGUUACUAAAUAUUACGGCACAGUGUGUCACCGUGUGCGCGCGCGUGUGUAUGUGUGUAUGUGUGUAUGUGCGUUUAGUGUGUUGUUAGUGCCACGACUGCUGCCAGCGCUCCCAUCGGAUCCAUUCCUGAGCGCAGGAGACAACAAUUCGUCGAUUUACCAUCGCGUCGUGGUAGAAAGUGGGAAAGUCACGCAGCAGCAGUUUAAGCCGGAUCGGCCGACCGAAGGUCAAAAGCGUGAAUCGAAAGGCCACUUCCAGUGUACGGAAUCCUCGAUGCCAACGGGGAUAGUAGUCAUCGUCUUCCCAGCUUGUUGGCGUUGGCUGUGAGAAAGGGUCCUCCUAAGGUGCUCAUGUCGUGACGUGUGUGUGUGUGUGUGUGUCCGUGUUCCAAGCGGUGCGCGAGCGUUGUAUGUGUGUAUGUCCAUUAGAGUGUACGUGCUGAAGGAAAUGUAAUGUGUUUGAAUGCUAACACACAAGAAUGCCAAUACAGGCGCCCCAAUGGACAGAGUUUCUCAGCUGUCCCGUUUGCUGCAACGAGUUUGCGGCGAACUCGCGCCCACCGAUCAGUCUAGGAUGCGGUCACACCAUCUGCCGCACCUGUCUCGCUACCCUUCACCAUCGGCAGUGUCCGUUCGAUCAGACUGUUAUAUCGACUGAUUUAGACUACCUACCGAUAAACAAUGCAUUGCUGCAGCUAGUCAGCAAUCCGGUAAUCCCAUCGGCGGCGUCAUCUCCACCAUAUGGUGGCAGUAGGGGAGGAAGCGGUGGCGUCGUUGGUAAUGGAGGUGGCACAUCUUCGCCCGGAGGAAGCUCGCAGGGAGCGGUUUGUGGUAGCAGAAACAAUAGUACCGCCAGCAGCACCAAUGGCAAUGGAAGUAGUAGCAGUAGUAGCAGCAGUAGCAGCAGCAGUAGCAGCACCAGCAGCACUAGCAGUACGGCGAGCAGUGGCAGUAGCAGUAAUGGAGGCAGCAGUGCCAGUAGUAGCUGCAGUACGGCCUCGCCGGGCAGCGUUAAAGGAGGAGCCAACGGUAAUAGCGGAAGUGGCAGUGCCGCAGCUGCUGCUGCCGAUCCGGAUCUAAGCUCGACGAGCGUUCAAAGUCUCAGCCCGGAGGAUUUGCAAUGCUACAAGACGGCCAAAAGCUGCAUCGAGCAGCUAGCGCUCUACUUGAAGCCAUGCCCGGCAUCCAUGAGCACAGGCUGUGGUGGAGUCGCCAGUGGCAGUGGAUCCGGUGCUGCCAGCAUAAUAGCAGCCGGAAUCAGUGGAUCCGGUGGUGGUGGCGGAAGUCUGCUAUCUCGCCAGAUGCAACGGAAGCUGGUGAUUCUGGUCAACUGUCAGCUGAUCGAGGAUGAGGGCCGGGCACGAUCGUUGCGUGCCGCACGGUCACUCGGCGAGCGAACGGUCAUGGAGCUGAUCCUGCACCAUCAGAAUCCGCAGCAGCUGAGUACGAAUCUGUGGGCGGCUGUGCGGGCCCGCGGUUGCCAAUUCCUCGGUCCCGCUAUGCAGGAGGAAGUGCUGAAGUUGGUGCUGCUCGCGCUCGAAGAUGGUUCGGCGCUAUCGCGCAAGGUGUUGGUUAUGUUUGUGGUUCAACGGCUGGAACCUCACUUUUCACAGGCUUCCAAAACGAGCAUCGGCCAUGUGGUGCAGCUGCUGUAUCGUGCGAGCUGCUUUAAGGUGUCGAAGCGCGAAGGUGAUUCCUCGUUGAUGCAGCUAAAGGAGGAGUUCCGCACGUACGAAGCACUACGGCGCGAACAUGACGCACAGAUUGUGCAGAUUGCGACCGAGGCCGGUUUACGGAUUGCACCGGAUCAGUGGUCUUCGCUGCUUUAUGGUGAUACGGCGCACAAGUCGCAUAUGCAGAGCAUUAACGAUAAGCUGCAGACGCCCCAAUCGUUCGUGCAGUCGGUACAGGAGCUGAUCAUCGCAUUGCAGCGCACGGGUGAUCCGGCGAACCUGUCCGGACUGCGUAACCAUCUGAAGCAUCUGGCCGGGAUCGAUUGGAACGCGGAAAAUCACAUCCCGAGCUGGGCCGAGUGUGCGGCGGCACUGCAGGCGGUCAAACGCGUUGUGGCGGGUCUGGUCGAGUUCGUACAGCAUCACGGUAACCGGAAGUUACAGGAGGCAGGCCAUUUAGCGCACAAUCGGAACUACAAGAUCAGUUUGUGCCGCGAUCUGAACAACCGUGGCACGUGUCCCCGUGGACCGAACUGUACCUUUGCCCACUCGGAAGAAGAGCUGGAAAAGUAUAGGACAAAGUUGCGGAAGAACCACGCGCCCGUUCCGUUGCGGCCACCGUUGUCGAACGGGAAGGAACAUGCUAUCGGUUCGUCGAACGUUGCACGUACCAGAGCUGGGGGAAUCGGAGGUGAGGGCUUCCUGGGUGAGGGCAGUGCCAGUGGGGCUGGUGGUGGUGGUGGUGGUAUGCAUCCCAGUUCGAGCUCAUCACAUGGGCACCAUUCGUCUGGAGAAGAAGCGUCGCCGGUACGCUAUCCGAAGGGGUCAGUGGUUGGUGGCAGUGGAGGUGGUGCCCAUCAUCAUCGCAUGAUGGACAAAUCGCCGAUUGGAAGUCAUACCAGUGGAGGAAGUGCUGGUACGAAUGGUGGUGGUAGUCACAUGAACUCCCAUUCGUAUGGUGGCGCGGUCCAGGGAGGUUCACCAAAUCAAGCUCCGUCGAUGAAUGGAGGAAGAACUGCUACCGGUGGUGGUAGAGGAGAUGGUAUACCGUAUGGUGUCAGUGGCAGUCAUCAACAUGGCGUUGCGGGUGGCAAUAGUGGAAACGGAGGUGGAAUGAACUACCAUCUUAAUCGACCACCGCAUGCGCCGCAAGGAGGCGGCCCAGCCGGACCACCAGUCACUGGACAUCAUCAUCACCAUCAUCAGCAUCACAAUGCAUCACAGUCGAUGCGAUAUCGUCCUGCGCCUCAUAUGAGUACUGGUGGUUCAGGGGCUCCCGGGUAUCUCGGUUCAAGUGGUCCACCACCCCAUCCCGGGAUGCUUCAUCAUGGGGGCAAUACUGGCAGUAACAGUGGCAGCAACAAUCAUCAUCUUCAGCCCAGUGCAGGAGGCUAUCCACCACCACAUCUUCCGGAUCAGCAUGGCCUCGGUCCUCCGUUACCUCCACCGGCGCCACCUUCAUCGGGUUCAUUGCAUCACCCACCGUACCAUGGAGGUGGACAAAACAUGCCACAGCAACAUGGAGGAGCUGGGGGAGAGUAUCUGGAUAAGCAUAUGGUUGCUGAGCAUCAUCAUCACCAUCCUCAUCAUCACCACCAACAGCAGCAGCAGCAACAGCAGCAACAGCACCACCAUAGCCAACAUCAUCACUUAGCAGGUGGUCUCCAUGGUAAUCAUCAGCAGCAUCGUCGCGCUGGUGCUGGAGCAGCAGGUGGAUAUGCAUGGGAACCCAGUAACCUUGCCAGUCCUGGCGCAAUGUCUUCGCCAGGAGGACCAUUAGCUCCUUCGGCUCAUCAUUUACAGCUGGGAGUGGGAGACAAAACGGUCAACUCUCCAUCUGGCCAUUCGCAGCAGCAAAGCAACUUUCCUCUUCUAGUAUCACCACCCUCCUCGCCGUAUGUGGGACGAGACAAAAAUGGUCACUCUGGUGGAACGGGUGUUCCUCCGUCUGGUCAUCAACAGCAGCAGCAGCAGCAACAGCAUUCAGGAGGAGUAGCUGCAUCAUCAACCCCGCAACACGGAAUACCGGGAAUGGCUUCGAAGUACGGUGUUGCUGCAAACGGCAACGGUAGUGGUGCUGGUGGUCCUAUGAUGCAUCAGCAAAACCAGCACAACUUUCACCACAAACUUCCGCCGCAACAUGCAUCGCGCACGGAUUACAAGGAUAAGCAUCAUGGUAAUCGGAUGGCACCGGCUCAGUCCCUCAGCAACAGCAGCAUGGCUACUCCUCAUGGACUGGGGCCGCCCCCUCCCUUCAAUGACGGUCGCAAUAGUGGCAGAGGUGGGUCUCAAACGCAGCAUUACCUGGAUGUAGUACCGUUAGCAAAUGGGUCGAAUCAAACCGGGCGCAACGGUGUUAUGGCCGGUCCUGGUCCACAGCAUAGUAAUGGUUCAGGUGGUGGUGCUGGCAGCUAUCAUCAUCUUCCACCAUCGUACCAACGAGGAGUAGGAGGAUCUCCGGCAACCGAUGCCGGUGGCUAUGGGUUACCGAAGAUGGUGUUCGACACACCUUCAGCCGGAAAGAAGCCUUCCUUCACUCAACAAAUCAUCAAUCAACAACUCAGCCAAAUCGAAUUUGCAAAUCCGAAUGCACAGGGUGGCGUAGGAAAACCGGACAUGUUUACACGCUCCGAUUCACUGUUGGCGGACGAUGAUACGCUGCUGAUGGCCGAGCAGGACUUCAAUUCAUCCACCCAGUACGGACCAAUCUCACGUAUGAAUCCGAUUGGUACGGAAAGGAUAGACCUGGGGCUAACGCCACGCGGUCCAAGAAGUUUGACCGAUUGGUGGUCCUCGACAUUACACGCGGAACAAUCGUCGACCGAUAGCUCUUCCGCUUCGUCGCCGUUCUAUCAUGGAACGGGCGGGCCACCGAACAGUGUCCAGCAGCAGUUGGCAUCCCAGCACCAUAAUAAGCAGCAACCGCAGCAGCAUCAACUAUCGUUGCAGUCACAGGCGCAGGCGGCACCACCAUCAGCACAUCCAUCAACAACAGCCCACCAUCACCAUCAUCAUCUUCAUCAUCUUCCGGGGCAACCAUAUCAUGGUGCCCAGCAUCAACAGGCGAUGGUCGGAGGAAAACUCGUACCAGGAGGUGGAGUCCCGUCGCCUGAACAGAACAACAACUCACUCGACUUUGAUCUGCGCAGCGUAGACAAGAAGGGGUUAGAGUAUGGUGAUGCCAGCAUAAUCGGUACUAGUGCGCACGUCGACUGUUGCGAUCCGAUUGCGGCUGUCGAUGGUUUAACCGGACCGAUAGUGGUCACUUCAAGUGGUGACUGUGGAGGAACUACCGGUUUUCUUGUGCAAUCGAUACCCCGAGGAAGACCGUUCGCAUCACCUCAUUCGUAUGUUACGGGUGCUGGCGUUGAGAGCGGAUUAGUUGAUCAACUGGCCACUGGCCAGACAACAACUAGGGGAUCCGAAUUAGACGUGAAGUCCGGCAUACAAUCCCCCGCAGGUGGAAUGGCUGGAGAAGUGUCUCCUACUGUACCAACCUCUGCCACCAUGUGGAUGGACAGCGUACUCGAUCUAGGGGAAAAGGAUGGUACUACGAGCAGUACGGCAGGCAGUAAAUCGGCUGGAAAUUCUGCGACUUUUCCCAAGCUCCCAACGAUGACAAUGUUAGAUACGUUCAUGGACAAAAAAGGGUAUAACGCCAGCAGUCCAUCGUCAGGAGUUGGUGGUGGUGUAUUGCAGCCCGAUGGAGAUAAACGAUGCAAUGGUGAUGGUGGAGAAAUUGGUCGUCUUCAUGAAAUGCUACUCAACACCAGCCAGCCAGCGUCACCGGCAAUGAGCGGUGAUCAUCAUCGAACCAGUGACGAGCAACACAAACAGAGCGCGUUCCAAGAGCUGACAGAUCUGCGUAGCCAGCCUCGUACUAACCAGACGUCCGUUUCCGUAAUGCUGACGUCGGUACAGUCCGCUUCCUCACCCCCGUUGAACUCCUGCGGGAGCGUUGACGAGGUGCCGGCCUCGAUGUGGAGCAAUCUGAUCGAUCUGACCAGCCUUAAGCCUUCGCUACCGACGUCCGGAUCUUCGUCUUCACUGGGGCUAGCGGAAGCACUCUCCGAUUCUGUUACUGGUGGUGUCGCGGGUGCGGGUAGUAGCUGCAACACUAGCACCAACAGUGGUAGCAUGCUCCUCGGUGGUGCUGGUGGUAGCAGCAGUAGCGCUAGCACCAACGCACUUGGUUGCGAGGAUUCGUACGAAGCGGGGAUAGCAGAUGGAAUGCGUGAGCUAGAGCUCCGGCUGGAGACGGAGCUACAACUAGACGAGAACGGUAUCUAACCAGGGCCAGCGGAUGGCUACUCUCCUUGUCCCCUAUGUCUUUGUGAGACAGAAUAUUGCUGCGCCGACUCUAGGAGAGCCACCUUUUGCUGUUUCCGUUCUAACCGUUAUUGUGGAUUGUUACGUUUCAUUUUUAUCUUAUAAUUAUGUACCCUUUUUGACUCAGUCUUCGUUUCUGGCACCUCCUAGUAUAUUAACGUGGUCCAUUAACCCACAAGGAUGCUCGCGCGCAAUUGCGUUUCAAAACUGACACUCAGCUCAAGCGAAUGAGGAACUGAAAUGUGUUUUAAACAUUAUCUACUUCCAGCGUUUGUCAUUUGCCGGUGUGCUAUAGCUAGGGACGUUCAUUUCGAGCACUGCGAGACUAGCUUAGUUAGUAAAGAGUUCCGCCCGGCUACUAGCAAGUAACACGACCUUAAAGCUUCCGUAAGCUUCCGGAGGUUGUAGUAGUGGCGUUAUAUCCGUCUCUUCUGGACGGCAACAUCUUUUUUGCUGCAAUGUAGCGACGAAUAGCUUAUCCUUCUGUCACCGUUCAGGCGGUGUCGGCGAUGUAUGCUCCACGGAACUACCAACUACCUGUUCCUAAUUUAUCAUCUCUGCUUCGCAAUUUUUGCAGCCUUUUUUUGCCAAGCACGAAUUGUGCAUAAGACGACGAUGACCUCCACGAUGACACUUGUUCAUAUUAUGCCAGGAUAGACGCUUCUUUAUCAACCGAUCGCACGAUCGUCACUCUUGUACACACGUAUGUACACACACAACGAUGAUCGCGCUUAUCCGCGCAGCGUGUUAAGCUGUUUAGUUAAUCGUAUACAAAACCACCCUUUUAGUAGUUAAUUAGUGUGGUGGUGGUGAUGAUAGUUUGGUGCUAGUACACGACACACGCACCCUUUGUUGUCCAGACCUCGUUGUGGAGCACCGCGCGUCUGCUGCGCAAGCAUAAAACAGAUAAAACAAUACAAAAAAAUCUUUAAAGUAAUGCUAAGCAUUCAAUUUUUAUUUAAAACGUAUCGCUCUGUCUCUAGCUCAAUUAACGAAUGUUUCAUUAUUGUUAAAAUUAAACUAUAUCUAUAUAUACAUAUAUGUAUGUAUAUCGAGCUACUAGCCGGCGGUCGUCAGCUUCACGCGUGUGAAGUCAUCCACACUUUCCACACAUGUGAGAAAGUGAAUGGGUGUUUUUUUUUAAUUGUCCGUUAAUCAUGGUGGACUAUCUGUACUCCAUAUGGUAAGCACUUCGUUGCUUCGUUGAUUGUGCGGUGAAUAUAGUAAUUAUUAGUUUGCUUUCGUUCAUAGGUUGGAACCGUUCCCGUUGUUUAGCUGUUUGAUUAUGAAUUUUUGCUUAUAAAGCUUUUAGUAGAGUAGCAAUAGUACAACGUAUGGUUAAACAUAAUUUUAAUUCUUUCCUAUUCUUUGUUUUCGGUCCGCAAAGUUGCGAAGAAGCUAAAACUGUCACCAGAACGAGUCCAAUAUAAGAAUGAAAUACCCCACGUAGAAAUGCCGAGAAACACAAGAACUAGGGAUACCCGGUUUAACCGCGAUUGAUCACGAAUAGAAAACACAAAGGUUCGUUAUUGUCCGAUACUUAGGGCGGUACGAAUACUCUGCUGCAGGCACACUAGCCCUAGUGUCGGAUUAGGUUGUUCUUCGUUUUUUUACUCAAGUUAUUAUAUUGGUAACGGUAUGAACUACAUUUCGCUUAGCAGAAUCGCUUGGUUUGUUUUAUCUUACAUUUAGGUCAUUUUACUGGUAUAGCUCCGCCUCAAUAAAAGAUCGAGGGAGGGCCGAUCCGACUGUCUGCUAUUAGAAGAGAACGUGAAAGCAAAGCUAGCGGUGGUAAAAAGAACAUAUUAGACAAAUGAUAGUAAAAGCCGAGCACGAAUGCGGAGCAUGAAGCGAACAAGCAUAGAAAAGUACAGAUUUAGUGGCAAGACCAUGCUUAUUGUGGGUUGUGCAGCAACUAAUGAAAGACAGAAUUCAUACAGAGACAAUGUAGGCCAACGCCGCCAACAUUUUUUAUUGUUGUUCUAUGUUCACCGUUCGAUCGCUAGGAGCGCUUGGGAGAACGUGUAUUCCUUGCUAGAGAUUAGAACAGAGGAAAACCACUUGUCGUGCGGCGGCAGCGGCGGUGACGACCAGCAAAGGAUAACCAACUAUUUUUGCAGGCUGUAAAAUAGCAGUACCCUUCGCUUUCGGUGGCGCGAUUACGAUGAUAACACGGUGGUACGGAGACGUUUGUUGCAAAUGAGCUGUAAGCUCGUGAGCGAUAAAGGACGUCCCGUAUAGCUUUCAUAAAGCUAGGGCCUCAACUUCUAUUGCGCCUGAGCUGUGUGGGUCGUGAGUGGCGUCUUCGUUACUAUUAUCGUGAGCGAAGUCGUGUCUCAAUCGGGCAAGCGAUCGCGAAGGGUGGUGCGGUUUUGUGUGUUUUUAAACCCAAUGGGUUCAUCGUGAAUGGUACACAUUCGAUAAUGGAAGAGAAACAAACGAAACUAUCAAAUAUACAUAUAUUUAUUAUAGCAAAAACGAUAAAGCGGAUGGAGAUGAAGCGGUACAGGAAAAGACGGCAAUGGUGCGCGCGAUCUUUCUGUCCUAGGAAACAAACACGACUAUAUAUAGUUCGCAUUGAAUCAAUUUAAUGAUUCUCGUAAAACCUCCCGUAGCAGGGAAUAUAGACCAGGUGUUCGGAAUGGGAGGUUCAGUUGGGCAGUUGGUUUUGUGAACGAGAAAGUUCACAAGACAGAACGAUAUCCCAGAUAGAUAGCCUACCAGCAAAAGGGAGAGAAAGCGAGAGAGAGAGAGAACCACUGUGGAGUAGCUGAAUUACUUCCGAAAAUCCGAGUCGUGGCUGAACAGUCAAAUUGAUAGCAAAUUAGCAAAUUAUAUCCCUAUCGCCGGGUUUUAGUUGGUAGUUGGCUAGCAAAUGGUUUUAAAAACUUGAGCGAAGGAUUCGUGCCCACAGUCACUGGACGCCGCAGUUUAUCCAAACAAUCACUAGCAUCCUCGAUUCUCUCUGCCCUAUUGUUUCUGUGCUCAAAGAAUGUUCCGUUCCGGAAAUAGAUGGAUCGGCAAGCGCAAAAGAAGCGCAGAAAUCGCUCGGAGACGCGUAAAUCAUUUCUAUAAUCAUAACCCUAUACAUGGCAGGCGCUAACAACACGGCAGAAAUGUUGAAAAAAUGGAAGAAACAGAGUUAACAUUUAAUAUACAUACCUAUAUAUAUAUAUAUAUAUAUAUAUAUACAUGCAUCUAUAUAUAUAUAUAAAUACUUAAACGCAUACCUAUAAAAGUAUAUAUGGAAAAAUAUAUAAAGUUAUAUUUUUAUUAUUCACAAAAGAAGAACCAUAUAUAUAUAUAUUAAAAAAGGUGUUUGGCGAUGGCUAAAAGAUGAUAAACAUGAACAACAAAAACAAACAAAAAAAAAACGAAUACGAUCGGAAAAGCGAAGAAUGAUGUUUAAAAUGAAAGCGAUAAACUAUCGGUUAAGCGAAUCCUUUCUAUCCGUCUCUUAUUGGUACAGUCGUCGCCGCGAACAAUGAUGUUAAGGAAAGGAGCGUUUUUCCACGUAGGAUUCACAGACUCGUGCGUUACCACUUGUAAGAUUUACAGCUACAGAGCUCUUUAGUUAUUUUCUAUCUGCUUGUUGCGUUCCAGUAAGUUCCUCCCGUUCGUUCUCGGAACAUCAGACAGACAAAGCGGACUGAGAAUCCGGAUAUAUACAUAAAUAUAUAUCUCUCGGACUCCAGAGGCACCACCUGCGCUUCGCGUUUUGCGUUUAAUUGUUAACCGAUUGUUCUCUUCUAUUAUCAACCUUGAUUAUGUAAAGCCGUGUUUUAAUCUCGUUUGUACAUUGUUGCAGCCUUGCUGAUGAGCCUUGAUAAUUCCCGUAGCGCUCGCCAUGUUAACGCCCGUUUUUUAUUUUAAUUAUUAGCUGCUGAAGCUUUAAGGAUAUUAAUGCGCUCCCUUCCGCUCUGUGAACGCCGGAAAUAUGCAUUACACGUGGUUUCCCUUGAUCGUUCCCUGCAGUCACACUGACAUGCAAACAUCAUCCUUAUUCCUAAUAUCGUGGUUAAUUUAUUAUUAACUCGCUUCGCUGACCUCUCGCGUUGUUGAGAUGGUUUCUAUCCCUAUUUCAGCUUACCCUAAGGGUAGUAGGGGACGUCAUUCAGUUCUAGGGGGUUAUGUUUCCAUAUUUGUCAAUAUCGUUUCGUUUGCGCAAUUCCUUUGCUAAAGAGACUUCCAUUAUCAGCGCCCUCUGUUAUGCUAUCUCAAUAUUAUCUAUUCCUUUAGCCUGUUCUUUGUUAUAGUUUAUACUCUAGGACAAAUGGAGAGUGAGGUAACGAGGUGAAUGAGAACAAGACAAGUAAAACUAAACGCAAAACGUGUUUAUUACGUUACAAUACGAGCGGGCCGGUUCACAUAUUAAUCGAUUUGUGGAAAAUACAAGUUACUGGUGUUGAAGUAAUUUUUUGUUGUUUUUUU